UGCCUAUCAUCCCCGAAUUCUUAUACGACAUCAACCACCCAGAUGCACCUUUAACUGCCGGGCAAAGAUUACACGAAUUAAAAUCAACCAUUACCACAACUUCCUCACCAUGUCCAGUUAACAAUAAUAAAGUUCCUGACGAAAAUUUUAACGACACAUUAGCAACUAUUGAACCAACAGUUAACGCUUCCGUACAGCUGGAAAGAGACAGACAAUUACGUCACCAAGAUUUGGUGGAGGAGACGGUGGACGUAGGAAUGAUGUUGGCCUCGAAGGCAUUUGUGCAGUUGAUAGCAAACCCGUUUGUGGGCCCAUUAACGCACAAGUAA